AGAUUUAAAGGUUUAGAUCCUGAAGCCAUGUUUCCACUGGUUCUCUUCUCGGGCUUUAUCACUUGCACCUUGUGUGUUCCACGUCAGUAUAUCUUUGUGAAUGAGAACAAGACAUGGACAGAAGCUCAGAGUUACUGUAGAGAUAAAUACACUGAUCUGGUCACCACUGAAAAUGAACAAGAGACGGUGCAGUUAUUCAACACAGUGAAUGAAUAUAACUCCAUUGAUCUGGCCUGGAUUGGACUCUAUGAUGAUCUGAACAGUUGGAAAUGGACUCUGGAGGGCAGUGAUUUCUUUAAAGAAGGAGAAAAACAGUUCAGAAACUGGUAUAAAGAAGAGCCAGGGAAUUAUGGAGGACAGAGUCAGUGUGUAGUCAUGUACGGAGGGAUUUGGUAUGCAAAAAGAUGCAAUAUCAAAUUGCCUUUUAUGUGCUAUGACGGAAGACAGAAUGCCAGCACUAGUUAUGUUUGGGUUUAUCAAUACAAAAACUGGACUGAAGCUCAGAGUUACUGCAGAGAACAUCACACAGACCUUGUCAGUGUCAGAAAUGAAGCUGAAAACCAAAAGAUCCAAUAUUCAAUCAAGAAUUACUAUUACAAUUACUAUUAUGAUUAUUAUGAUUAUUAUUAUGAUUAUUAUUAUGAUUAUUAUUAUUAUUAUUAUUAUGGUUGGAUUGGUCUGUACAGAACUAGAUCUUGGUCAGAUCAGAGUAACUCUACAUUCAGUAACUGGAGGUCAGGAGAGCCGAAUAAUGCUGGAGACAGUGAAUACUGCACUGCUGUGUCAUUCAGUGACUCUGGGAAAUGGACGGAUGAAAACUGUGAUUAUCAGUUACCUUUCAUUUGCUACAAUGUGUCCCCUUUGGCGUCAUCCCGUCAGUAUCACUUUAUCUCAGUGAAUAAGAGCUGGUCUGAAGCUCAGACAUACUGCAGACAGAAUUACACUGAUCUGGCCACCAUUGAUAACAUGACAGAGAUGAACAGUGUGAUGAACACAGUUAAUGGGAGUUACAAUGGCUCAGCCUGGAUUGGACUGUAUGAUGAUGUCAACAGCUGGAGAUGGUCACUGGAUGAUGAUGAUUUCUAUCAGGAAGGAGAGAGAGAAUUCAGAAACUGGUAUCAUCAACCGGACAACUAUGGUGGAAAUGAGCUGUGUGUUUAUAUGAAUUAUGAUGGCAAAUGGUUUGAUUCAUCAUGUGAUAACAUCCUAUCAUUUGUUUGCUUUGAUGGAAACAAUAACACACACUGUUACAUCAAAAUCACUGAGAGAAGAAACUGGACAGAAGCUCAGAAAUACUGCAGAGAAUCUUACACAGAUCUUGCCAAUGUGAGAAACCAGACAGAGAAUCAGAAGAUCCUGGAGAGUACUGGUGGUCGAGUCUGGAUCGGUCUGUACAGGAACAGGAUUUGGUCGAAUGGUCAAAAUACCAAAUAUCAAAACUGGAGACCAGAAAUUACAUAUUCAGAAGAGCAACCAGAUAAUGGAUAUGGCCAGUGGUAUAACCAGCACUGCAUUGCUGUGUCAUUGAGACAUUCAGGCAGAUGGACAGAUGAGAACUGCUUAUCCAACAUGCCCUUCAUCUGCUACAGUAGAAACUGCACACAAUCAUCAUGCAGUCCCCAUCAGUAUCACUUUAUCUCAGUGAAUAAGAGCUGGUCUGAAGCUCAGACAUACUGCAGACAGAAUUACACUGAUCUGGCCACCAUUGAUAACAUGACAGAGAUGAACAGUGUGAUGAACACAGUUAAUGGGAGUUACGAUGGCUCAGCCUGGAUUGGACUGUAUGAUGAUGUCAACAGCUGGAGAUGGUCACUGGAUGAUGAUGAUUUCUAUCAGGAAGGAGAGAGAGAAUUCAGAAACUGGUAUCAUCAACCGGACAACUAUGGUGGAAAUGAGCUGUGUGUUUAUAUGAAUUAUGAUGGCAAAUGGUUUGAUUCAUCAUGUGACUACACGCUGCCAUUUGUUUGCUAUAACAGAAACAAUAACACACACAGUUACAUCGGAAUUUAUGACGGCAGAAGCUGGACAGAAGCUCAGAGAUACUGCAGACAAUAUUACACAGAUCUUGCUAAUGUGAGAAACCAGACAGAGAAUCAGAAGAUCCUGGAGAGUACAGGUGGUCAAGUCUGGAUCGGUCUGUACAGGAACAGGAUUUGGUCAAAUGGUCAAAAUACCAAAUAUCUAAACUGGAGACCAGAAACUCCAUAUUCACACCCACAACCAGAUAAUGGUUAUUCUGUUUACGGCGAGUGGGGUAACCAGCACUGCACUGCUGUGUCAUUGAGACAUUCAGGCAGAUGGACAGAUGAGAACUGCUUAUCCAACAGACCCUUCAUCUGCUACAGCAGAAACUGCACACAAUCAUCAUGCAGUCCCCGUCAGUAUCACUUUAUCUCAGUGAAUAAGAGCUGGUCUGAAGCUCAGACAUACUGCAGACAGAAUUACACUGAUCUGGCCACCAUUGAUAACAUGACAGAGAUGAACAGUGUGAUGAACACAGUUAAUGGGAGUUACGAUGGCUCAGCCUGGAUUGGACUGUAUGAUGAUGUCAACAGCUGGAGAUGGUCACUGGAAGAUGAUGAUUUCUAUCAGGAAGGAGAGAGAGAAUUCAGAAACUGGUAUCAUCAACCGGACAACUAUGGUGGAAAUGAGCUGUGUGUUUAUAUGAAUUAUGAUGGCAAAUGGUUUGAUUCAUCAUGUGACUACACUAUACCAUUUGUUUGCUAUGAUGGACGAGGAAACACCUCCCAGAGGUAUAUUUGGGUGAAUCAGCACCAGUCCUGGCAUGAAGCUCAGAGAUACUGCAGAGAGUUUUACACAGAUCUGGCCAUCGUGAGAAAUGAAACAGAACAUCAACAGAUACUGAACGUUACAGAUUCUAAUGGUUAUUAUGGGUGGAUUGGUCUGUACAGAAACAGACUGUGGUCAGAUCAGAGCAACUCUUCCUUCACAUACUGGCUGCCAGAGACACGAUAUGUUUAUCCACAACCAGAUAAUGGUUUGACCGACUGGAGAUUUUGGGGAAGUCAACAUUGUACGGCUGUGUCUUUACAAUCUUUUGGCCAGUGGACAGAUGAGAGCUGCUUUGAGCGUUUGCCUUUCUUCUGUUAUGGAGCACAAUCAGAUAAAUAUGUGGCAGGAUUACGAGUGAAAUUUAUGAGUGAGGAAACUCUGUCAGAGUCAAAGAUUGAAGAACUGAUUACGCAAUUCCAUGAAGAAUUCAUAAGACGUGGACCUCCCAGUAACUUCACCAUGAGUUUGAGAAACUAUCAUAAAAUCGCUCCAUGAGGGAUGACAGCAUUCAUGAAGACACACACACACACACACACACACACACACACACACACACACACACACACACACACACACACACACACACUGAUGCAUUUUGGUAGACACUUUUAUCUGAAGCAACUUACAAUGCAUUCAGACUAUACAUUAGAUCAGGAUGUGUACUCCCAUUUUGCAAUACUGGACAUGUAUCAGAUUUGCCAAGAUUAUAAUAUAAUACUAUGUGCUCACUUUUUGAACAAAGGCAAAAACAUUUUAGUUUCUUUUGUUUCUUUUAUUGCUGAAAUUGUUUGAUAGAAUCUAUACAGUUGUCUAAAGCCAUAAAUAUCACUAUCAUAAAUAACAAUCUGCUGAAGGUCCUUAUAAUCUCUGUCUUUUGAUGUAAAUGAUUUUAACAUGCUGUUUGUAAUGGAGGUUAGAAAAUACAUAUACUGUGUGUCCAUCAAUAUAUUGCCACAAGUCUUUAAUUAUAUGGCUCAUUAUUGGGGUAAGACAAAAUAAAAAAUAAAAAAAAUAAUUGUUAUUGAUAUGCAGUGCUGUAUGAAGCAAUGUCAGUACAUUCUCAAAAUGGUCGCUUUCUCCCAGCAUCCCUCCUGACUUAUAGAAACCUCUUUCACAAAACUCUUGUAACCUUGUAACCUUGUCGGUGCAGUGACACGACGUCCACCAUACAUAAAUUCAUAAACAGAUGUACAAGGAAAUACAGUCAGAUUUACCUCUAUGCAGUGGCAGCAGAACCAGUUUGGGUGGGUUGUGAGAAGACUACAUAGAGAAGUGAACUCUUGUUGGCAUGAUUUGGAACUGACAUUCGAUAACAAACAUUCAAUAACAUAUAUAGUAAUAAUAUGAAUGUAUGCUCUAGUGACACUCAUAUGCAGAGUUCCCAAUUGCUGUUUAAAUGAUGCCCUGAUUUCCAUGUGAACCAGUAUACUGGAAUAAAAGCCAUGCCACAUACGAACACUGACACUGCAUUUCUAUAGGCAAAUAAAUCUGUGUCUGCACUGUUAUUACAAAAUAACAAAAUAAAGAUACAAGUGGCUAUAUGACUAUUCACAAUGUGAAAGUAUUGAG